CUCUCAGACUUGUUGAACUCUUCAUUAACGGAGGGUCGCCAAGAGCAAGCCCUCCUACUGCCCUGUGCACUCCUUGGUUGUGGUCUUGUUGCCGGGGUGUGGGAGGAUUUUCACCUAUUCUUCAUCUUAAAAUCGAGGAGAAACACUCUUCAGGAUCCGGCUAAUCAUCACUUUGACAUUAAAAAUAAUCGUGGUGAGAGAACAAGGAGUUUCUCAGUAUUGGCUUAAUAAAAGUCUCCCGCCAUGCUGCGUUGGAGUGCACAUCCUCCAGGGGCUUCCUGCCAGCCACUGCUUCGCUUGGCGUCUGCUGUGGUUCUCCUGACGGCUGGCAAUGCCGUCUCCGUGCCCGUCUCUCCCUCCCUGUCCUCUUCGUCAUCUGCUUUGUCCUUCUUCUCCCGGGGCACUUCGCCGCGCUCCACAACGGCCGUCUGGCUCCCCGAGCACGUGCUUAUGUAUCCUGCCUUGUAUAAACAUAAGACACAAAUGCACUCGCAUCGUAAUGACUUAACUGCAGCUGCUAACACUGUGAGUAUAGGAGGCAACGAUGGAGGAGGAGAAGGAAAAGAAGCUGUCGUUAGAGAUACAACACAACGCUCGAACAAGGAAUUUCGUCUGCCAGCCAGCCUCAGACCCAUCCACUACAGUGUUCGGGUUCAGCCUUUUAUCAACGGGAACUACAGCGUCCACGGAUCAGUGCAGAUCGAUAUUGAAGUGCUCCAAGCGACAUCCAAUAUCACCCUCCACGUAUAUGGAAUGGACAUCCACACUCACGGUAUUCAGCUUCAAGCAGCGGAAGGUGAUGAAGAAACAGCCUCCGUCCCACAAAUCACUCAUUUUGUCGAUGACUUGGACGUUGAGAUUUUUACGGCCCACCUCGAUGGAGUGCUCGAGGCGGGAAGGAGGGUGCGGUACACCAUCCCCUACGAAGGAACCCUUGCGUUCUACAUGGGAGGGUUUUACGGCCAUCGCUAUACAGAUGUGGACGGCACUGACAAACACAUGGUGAGCACUCUUAGCCAGCCAGCCGACGCCAGGAUUGCCUUCCCGUGCUUCGACGAGCCACAGUUCAAGGCCACGUUCGAGGUGCACGUGGCGCGCCAGGUCAACAUGACAGCUGUGUCCAACAUGCCCUUGCUCACCACCACGUCCAUAGAGGACCAGGAGGGUUGGGUGUGGGACAGAUUCCAGACGACGCCUCCGAUGUCCACCUACCUCUUGAUCCUUGUCGUCAUGUCCCUUCCACACAUCAACGUCACUGCACACCGCCAAGACCUUCCAAUCAGAGUGUGGGCCAGGCAGGAGGCGCUUGAUAGGAUGUCUUUCCUUCACCAAUUCGUGCCUGUUCUCAUGGACUUUAUGGAGACCUAUACAAACACCUCAUACUCACUGCCCAAGCUGGACAUCAUUGUUGUUCCCGGGAAAGAAGGUCUCGCCUUUGAGGGUUGGGGGGCCAUCAUUGUGUACGAUGAGCACUUCAUGCUCUAUGACCCGCUGGAGGACGAUGAGAUGGACUUCGCGAGGGUGACGUGGGUUCAAGCUCAUGAAUUGGCCCAUCAGUGGUUUGGAAACUUGGUGACGCCGCGCUGGUGGAGCGAUCUGUGGCUGAGUGAGGGCAUCAGCAGCUACAUGUCCGACUUUGCAAUGCAAGAGACGGCGAUGGUGAGCCAGAGUGUGAUUGAGCAGGCACGCUCCGCCGUUCAUGAGCUGUUCCCUGAAGACGACAAGGUUACCGCGGUUCCUGUCUUCAACCAGCAGAUAGACGUGUUCAGCCAAGAUACAUAUUUCAACGUAUUCUCUUACUUUAAAUCCUCGCUCCUGCUGCGCAUGAUGGCUCACGUCCUUUCCCAUCACGCCUUCAGGAAGGGUAUGGUGACCUUCCUUCAUGAACAUCAGUAUGGGAGUGUAGUUCAGGACGAUCUUUUCCGCCACCUAACGAAGGCAGCACACGAGGCCUAUACGCUGCCGCAGGAUCUCUCCGUCAAGACCAUCCUGGACACCUGGAUACAUGAGACAGGUUAUCCUCUCGUGACGGUGACGAGAAGCCCGUCAGGAAUAUCCGCCACAGCUUACCAGGAAAAAUAUUUAUGGCUACAAGACGACAGCCUUCCCAUUGAUCACUUCAGCACGUGGUGGGUGCCGCUCACCUACACCACCCAGGACUUGCCUGACUUCAGCGACACCCGCGUCAAGGUGUGGCUCAAGGACACGGAGACGCAAACACCGGUGCACAACCUGCCGCCCAAGGACCAGUGGGUUAUCUUCAACCUGCAGCAGACAGGCUACUACAGAGUCAACUACGACGACCACAACUGGAACCUGCUCAUCCAGCAACUGCUCACCGACCACCAGCUUAUUCACGUCAACAACAGAGUUCAGAUGAUCGACGAUAUCUUGAACUUGGCGUCAUCUGGAAAGGUCUCCUAUAAGAUCGCUCUGAGUUUGGUGGAAUAUAUGAAGAACGAGAACGAGACAUUGCCGUGGCGAGUUUUCCAACGCAACAUGGAACACAUGAAGCAAAUUCUUGAGACCACUCCAGCUCACGAAGGCUUUAAGAAAUACAUGUGGUCAUUACUCGUUCCUCUCUGGGAUUUAGUGGGCUUUGAGAAGAUAACUGAGGUGCAGACCAUUCAGCAGAAACACUCCCAGGCUGUCAAGUGGGCGUGUCACUAUAGCCUCCCGAGCUGCGUCCACCUCGCCGCCAGCCUCUACGCCCAGUGGAUGCUCACGCCGGAAAACAUCAAGGUAGUUCCCAGGGACUUAUGGGGCACCGUGUACUGCACCGCCAUCGCCCACGGAGGAGAGGCCGAGUGGGACUUCGCGUGGCAGCAGUACUUCCUCUCUAAUGACACACACCACAAGGAGCAGCUCGUGGCCGCCCUCAGCUGCAGCCGCGACACCUGGGCGGAGAAUGGGUAUCUGGACCUGGCCUUGACUUCGGAAACUAAGCUGCGGACACAAAAUACUCUCCAGAUGUUUUAUUCUGUGGCGUCGAGCUCUGGAGGGAAACCCUUGGCCUGGAACUUCCUUACACGCCGCUGGUCAGCCCUGGUCUCUUUGUACGGAGACAGCGGUGCGGCGGCAGAGCAGCUGGUGGUGGCGGCUGCCGAGACCCUCACCUCACAGCAAGACAUGGAGAAGCUGAGAGUAUUCAGGGAGAGCCACAGGGACAACCCGCGAGUAGUGGCCGCCUCGAAGGUCGCGCUGGACAUCGUCGCAAGGAAUGUGGCUUGGAUGGAGAAGAACUACGACGUGAUCUGCGACUGGCUGCAUUCACGAGGGUUUUACGUCAGGUUAAGAUAAGAGGUGUGUGUGUGUGUGUGUGUGUGUGUGUGUGUGUGUGUGUGUGUGUGUGUGUGUGUGUGUGUGUGUGUGUGUGUGUGUGUGUGUGUGUGUAUAAGUAAGUAAGUAAGUAGUGUUUUAUUGUUAGUAUCUGUGCCAAUACAUGAUUAUAUAAAACGUAUCAAAAAUAAUAAUUAGCCACAGUCCGUCGAGCCGUAGCACCUUCACCGAUAUUCUAUUUUCAAUUGAUACGAAGAUCUAGUAGCAUACAAUCAGUGUACGCCUAAUUAAUAAAAAAAAAAGCUGUAAUGUUAGUUUGUGUGAAGGAAGCAACAAAUACAAUAAGAACAAAAAUAUGGAUUGCAAGCAUAUAUAACAAAGAUGUACACGGAUGCAAUAAGUACUGGAAAAAUGAACAUAAUCGUAAGAAAACAUAAUAAAUAUAUAUACAAACAGUUACAAAUCACAAAUUUUGCUGAGGCGCGAUAGACAUUCAUUGCUUUCUUGUAUAUAUGGAAAAUAACACUUGUAAGGAGAACUUUUUACCACUAGGAAGGCUAUUAAAAGUUGUCACCUAGAAUUAAAGAUGCUGUUUUUAAAAUAAUGUGGUUCAGAAUACUGCACACAUUAAAUUACUAGUAUUAUUUCUAGAGUUUAUAACAUUAUCUGUUAACUUGAAUAUCGUGUUGUGUGUGAAUUUUUUUAAAACUAGCAAUAACAUAAGAUAUUUAUGAACAUUUCUGAACUAAAGAAAUGUUCAUAAAUUUUGCCUCAGAAAAUACAUGGUGAGUAAUAUGAAUUAUUUAUUUAAUUAUUUGUUAUUAUUAUUUUUUUAGAAAAGAUAUGCGUCUUAAAACCUUCUUGUGGGCCGUGACUAGUCUGUUCAGGAAAGAUGGCCACGUACUGGUCCAUAUUGAAAUACAACAUAUUAGUUGUGGGUAACAAAGUGUAUGAAAUAUGCUGAUCAUAGAUUCUGUUGUUAGGUUACUGCGGAUUCUAUACAAAAUUCCAGUAAUUUUUGAGACUUUCAAACAAGUUUCAUCAAUGCGAUGCUUCCAAUUCAAGUUUUCAUCUCUCGUGACACAAGAAAUUUAGUGUGAGUAACUUGUUGAAUUACUUGACCAUCUAGUAAAACAGGAUUUAUCAUUUUAUUACAGAUCUGUCUUGAAAAAAUACAUAAUCAGUUUUUUUGAAAUGUUGAUGUUUAGUUGAUUACCUUUAAUCCAUAAUUUAAUGCUGUUUAACGCUAAAAUUAAGUUUGAAUGCAAUGUGCCUAUAUUUCUAUUUUUAAGUAGAAGUGUGGUAUCAUCAGCAUGCAUUUUAAUUUCACAUAUAGUAUUA